CAAAACAAACUCUAUUCUCCUCUCCGGCUCUCCCCUAAACUUAACAACUAAAAAUACCGAAAAAAGGCGAUUUUGAUGCUUCCACUUUUUUCUCUCUCCUCACCAACAUUAAACCCUCGUUCUCUCUCUUCCCAGUUUCUUCUCCUUCUCCUUCUUCUCCCUCAGAGAAUUAUCAGAUUCUCUUCUUCACUUAUAAUCCUUUCUUCACCAUUAUGUUUUCAGAUUCAUCAUCAAUAAUCAAUAAUAUAAUAAUAAUAUUAUUAAUGAUAAUAUAGUAUAUGUAGUUGUAUUUAUUAUUAAUAUUAUUAUUACGACGUUUUUGGAAGCAUUCAACAACAUUGUUUGGUUACUUGUGACCUCCACUUUCCUCCUCCGUCCUCGCCUUCUUCUGUUCGUACAUCUCACAGAUCCUGCGGUUACUUUUGCUCAAAUUCGGCAGUAAAUCUUUGGCCGUUGCAGUUUUGACCCAAACAUUUGACCCAUAUUGUCGUCUUCUCUUUUCUACCUCAUUUUUGGCAAUGGAUCACUAAUAGUAAUUGCGUACAGAGAGGUAAGCAAAGAAGUUCUGUUCUCAAAUCUGAAGAUCCGUUAAAGGAGAAAUUGAGGCAGACUAUUCUUACCCAAGACCUUCGUUUCAGGCAACAGGUGCAAAGAUCGAUGAAGGAGGACAUAAAGCAGAAGGGUUUAUUUUAUUACAAUUUGCCUAACAGAGGCAUGAUGGAGGACUUUAAACAGAAGGGAUUUGAUAAUUACAAUUUGCACAAUGAAAGCAUGAUUUCAGUUCAUAGAAACGUGAACAAUCAAUUCCCCCAUUCAACGAAACCUCUUGACCUCAACCUUCCUGCUGAUGAAUUCAUUAAACAAUGUGCUGAUGAUUUUUCCGGAAAUGCCAUCUUGUCAAGAAACUGUUCUCGGGAUGAGCUAGUUUACCGUCUGGAUAAUAUGGACCUUUCUUUGAGCCUUGGACUAGCUGCUAGAAAUAUGAAUGGAGAAGGUAGAUCUUGGAAGGAAAAGAAUACUUUUUCAUCUUUACUUUCCAUCAUUGAUCUUGAAGAUCCAAAUUUGAGUUUUCCAAACUAUGAUGCUAAACAUGGGCUGUCUUCUAGUUCUGCUGCUCCAAAUUCUUGUUCCCCAGACAAACACAAGAUAGAUUUUUCGGAAAAAGGCAAGAAGGUAGAAACCUUACAAGUAUGUGACAUUUACGGAGACUCGUAUAGAAAUACAUCUAGUAGAUCCCGUGCUGAUGCUGGUUCAAGUUGUCAGACCCAAUCACUCUGUGACUCAGGAAUAUAUGGGCACCACAGAAAUUUAUUCAUUUCUAAAAUUAGUAAGAAUCCGAAGUCUACUUCUGGAAAUGUAUUAAAUUUAGACCUCAAUCUACCCUUUUUUGAAGACCCGUCACAUAUCUCAAAUGAUCAUUCUUUGGUGGUCAAUUCAUCUAUAACUAGCUCAUAUCCUGUGUUAGAAAAUGUUUACCACAAGUCCAAUGUAGCCUCUUCGAUCAGUCCAGCUUCUUUAAGGGCGUUCUCUGAAUUGAUCAUCAAUCGUCAAAAGGAUGUGAAAUCUGGAGACAAUGAAAGAGAGAAGUGCUUCGAGGAUGUUAAGUUUAGAGAAUGGAAUGUGACCAACAUUAAUUUUAUAGAUCUUAGUUCUGAUUCCUCUGAAGAGGUUUGCAUCAGCAGAUCUGAUCCAAAAGUUUCGAGUGUGGGUUCAUCUUCGAAGGUUUCAGUUGGGUUAUCACGCGAUAUGGAUUUAGACAACGCAGUUAAAAGGGAAGCAAACUUAGACAAGGGUGUAGGAUCCUUUGAGCAGGCAAAUUACUCGAAGUUGUUUGGCUCCUCUGAGUCUGAGGUUAUGCCUGAGCACCAUUCCAGCAGUACAAAGACAAUGCAGUCUGGUGUCGGAUGUGAUGACAUCAACUUCUCAUCAUCUAUUCUUAGAAAAGAGGAUAAAACGGGUCCUCUAGCUGCUCAUUCAGGAGAGGACGUAAGAUCUUCCGACAGCAUAGAAUCCGAUAUCCAGUGCUGCGCCAGUAUGAAAGAAUCAGAACAAGUCGAUGAAAGAGUUCAGAUAGCGGCUGAAUUACUUGUAGACAUGGGCAGGGUAAUGCAACCCUGCAGUCAAGCUGAAAUGUCAAAACUUCCACAGAAUGAAGAAGAGGACAAGCCUCAGCGUUAUUUGGAUUCUUACGAGGCAAUGAUACUGAACGCAGAGGAGUGUAUCCCUGAUGAUUAUUUUGUUUCCUCAAACGCAUUUUCGGUGGAUGUAUCAGAAAAGAAGGACGUCGAGUAUAAGUUGAAAAGGGGAACCCGGAUGAGAGAUUUUCAAAAGGACAUACUCCCUAGCUUGUCGACCUUAUCAAGGCAAGAAAUCCUAGAAGAUAUAAACUUGUUAAAAGGCGUUAUAAGAUCACGGGAAUACAAAAGAAUGAGGACGAAUGUGGAUGAUGGCGGAGAUAACUGGUGCAGGUCAUCAAGGAACAAGCGGUCUAGAGCCAACCGAAGGUAUUAUUCUUGAAGGAAAAACUGUAAGAUAGCUAGAACACAGGCCAUUAUACAAAGGUUAUAUUUAGGUCAUUGGAUGUUCAAAUAAUUUAUUGAUAUAAAGGCUUUGAAUCAUAUACAUAAGGUCAUGUAAUCAAGCUUCUGGGGCUUUGGUUUUAGGCAUGAUUUCUGUAGUAUUUGUCAAAAAGAAUUUAGAUGGAGUACCGUGUAAAAUGGUCGCCAAUUUCAUUCAGAUUGUCAUGACCCAAAAUAGUUCAUUUUGUAAUUUAAAUCUUAAUACUGGACUAGUUAGUGCUACAGC